AUUUUGUGUGUGAUGGCCUUCAAACGGGCCUAUGUCGAUAUACCGGCAAGUUGCCGGGUGAAUCGUCAAAAAAUAUGUGCUUGUUGUUUUAAAACAUGGUUUGCUUUGCAUAAUUCUGGCUGUGCUCCGAAAUUCACUACCAUUGUCCAUCGUAGCAGGCGUAAAACUGAUAAAACUCUCUCAAUGCCCAUAAUUUUUAUCAUCGAGGAGAGGAAUGCGGCUCAAAUGAUAAUAAAAUAAUACAUAAACGUCGCAACGAUGAACUACGUAUCGUGACGUUUGAUAAAAGGUUAUUCCGAUUAUUAGAGAGGGUUAUAAUUCAUCGCAUUUAAACAUCCUGUGCAAUUUUGUGUCACGAUGUUUAAACGAUCCGAGAAAGUGAUGAUAGACAAUGAUUAUCAUGUGCCCGCGAAACGAGCAAAGUUUGACACUGCCGGGAAAGAUCAGCAAGGCAGGAUAUGGGAGGAAGAAAUCCCCAAGAGCAGAAACACAUGUGAUGAUGUCUGGGGCGAUGAUUUCGCCGAGGAAGACAUCGAAGAAAUGGAUCUAAUUGCGUCUCAAGCGUGCUUACAGGAUGGCAAUAUGUUAGGCAAUUCAAAACCUGAAUCUGAAACUGGUUUGUAUUCGAUAAAAUCAAAUUUUUCAGAGAAACCAGUUACUUCUACCUAUAACAAAAUGUUACAAUUAAAGUUUCCACUAUCUACCGAAAGUUCUAAUUUAUGUAUGAUGAGAAAAGAUAUGCAAGGCACAAGUCGGGAUAGUCAGAAUAUAACAGAAAUUAAUUAUUCCCAGUUCAGAAAUAAGUUAAUGGAUGGAAAAGAUCACAACUCAACUUUUCAGAAAACAAAUAAUAUCAUUGUUCCAGACGUUAAGGAAUUGGAAAAAUUAAAGAAGGAAAAUAAAAAACUAUUGGAUGACUUUAUAAUGAAAGAUGGUGAAACUGUAUUUUUACGGCAGCAACUGCAGCAAAAUCAAUUGCGAGCUGAAAAUGAGAAAUUAGAAAAGGUGCGUCUUGAUGAGGAGCAAGCUAAUUGUCAUAGAUCAGAGAUCAACAAAAUUUGCAAAGAAAAAGAACAAUUGAAGACACAAUUAGGAUUACAAUCUUUAGAAAUAAAAAAUCUACUGGAACGUUGUAAAUUAUUAGAAUCUGGAAAUGUUAAAUUAAAAGAACCACAAGCAUUAUAUAUGAACAAUUCUCUUAAUAAAAGCAGAUGUAGUCCAACAAAUCGGCCAAUAAAUAUAAAGAAGAACUCAAUGAAAGAAGUAUGUGUACAAACUAGUAAUACAUAUAAGAAAAAUGAUUAUCAACUUAAAACAUGUAACAUUUAUUUUCCUCUUGCCAGAAUUUCGGAGUUAAUGUUUAGAGGAUCAUUGCCAGAAAAACCUCUUAUUAAUAUUAAGGUCAUAGAAAAAACUGGAAAAAGAAAUUUGCCUAUUUUGCAAGAAGAAGAAACGUUCAGGAUUUUUGAAAAUCCUGACUUGGUAAAACCAGUGGUUACAAUGAUAGACGAUAAAAGAUUGACAACAGAAUUUGUUUUACUUGAGAUUGCAGCUAUGGAAAGAAAAAUUGAUUCAGAAAUUGAAUCAGAAAGAUGUAUACCGAUAAUUAAUAAGUUAAUCUUAACCGCGAGAGAGCUAAUGCUGAAUGUCAACAUUGUUCUGCAAACCAUUUUUCAAGCUAUGACAAAUGAUGAUAUUCGAGACAUGAACGAUUUAUAUUUUUCUACGGUUUAUAAGGUUCAUAAUAUCUGUAUUAAAUCUGAAUGCGAAGCAGAUGCUUGGCACGAAGGAGAACGCGGUAUCGAGGCGAGAAGAUUGCUUGGUACACUUUCGCAAAUUAGUUUGGAAUCAUCAUAUCUAAGUAAUUAUUUGACCGGAAAGUCUCAAUUACUAACACGUAAUGACGAAUGUUACAAUCAUUACUUGCAACAAAUGACGCGUUAUAACGCGUGGCCGAAGAAAGGUCAUCAAUUUGAAAUGCUCGAAAUCAUCUUGGAAUGUGUCACUUUAAUAGGCCGCGUUAGAAGAGCUCAUCAAUUUACAGGUCUUAUAAGUGCAAUUGUAAAAAUAUUAUGCAGUGUACAACGGAAAGUGGGCUACUGUGAGAAAGGAUUAGAAUAUAUUUCUUCUAUAUUCAAAGAACUCGUAUUCUCAAGACCACUGUCACUAUGUUACGUUUCAUUAGCACAAUUUAUUAUGGUCUUUAGUAAAUGCAGCACGUUUAUGUCUAAACUCUGCAGAAGUUCACAGUCAAUGGCGAUAAAGAUGUGGAAAGGCGCUUUAUACUUUACACCAGAUGCUUGUGUUUUACAAAUUCUUAUGACGCAAAUGGAAUUCUUUCAUCCAGACUUUCUCACUACAGUAAACCUGACAGAUGCAUUAAUAUCAUCCAUAUGGAAUGCCUUACAAGCAAAUAAUAAUUUAUUGAAAAUUGAGAACUGGAAAUCAUGUAAUUGUUAUGUGAAAUUAUUACGAUUUACAAUUAUUAUGUUGAGGAAAUGUUCUGAAACAAAAUUAGAUAUAAUCGACACCCGGUGGCAGGAUCCACUUCAGACUACCAAAAAAUAUUAUAUCUUAAAAAGAAUUAAUUAUAAAAAUCACACGUGUCGAACGAAAUGUACUCGGCAAGAUGCAGAGGAGCAUUCAACGUAUCCGGAAAGCUUGGAUCGAAAUUUUUGGUCCGAUAUAAAAAGGAUUCAGCAUAAAAUAUUGAAGCAAGGCAUCAGAUUUUUAUGCCAUCUCGCAGUUUGUGAUUCUGAUUUUGUUAUGCGGUUAUCCGACAUUGAAGAUUCGUUCCACUUAUUUAUACGAAACAUUGCUUUCUUUGAUGAUUUAAUACUUCAUGAAAACGAGAGGGAAGCAUUAGAUCGUAUAAAAAAUACAUUUAUUCUCGAUAAAGGCGCACAAAGCGAAACUGAAACUCAUCAAAAUCUAACUAAUUUCAAUCAAUUGUGUAUGAUGCAUUUUCAAAAAAAAGUUACUCCUGUGACCAAAAGAAAUCAGAAUGCUGGAUCAAUUGAUAAUAGAACAUAUAUGGCUAUGAAAGCGCUGUAUCACUCUAAAACAGAAUAUUACAAGAAUUAAAUAUGCUAGAUUGCUCGAAAUGGUAUCUUAAUGUUUAAGUAACAUAAACUUUAGUAGUUAUAAAUAGUAUUUUAUAAUAUGAAAAAGAUAACAAAAAGUGGCGUUGCGAAAGAAAUAUUUACAAUAUAACAAUGUAGUCAAAAUUAGAGAGAAAUUAGAUGCGCAAUUAAGAAAUCUACAUAUUAUCCAUGAAUAAGUAGAUAUUUCACAGAUGUACUCACAUUUUAGUGCCAAUAAAACAUUUUUUUGUUGGAUACAACACGUAAAUUAAA